AGAGAGAGAGAGAGAGAGAGAGAGAGAGAGAGAAAGAGAGAGAGAGAGAGAGACGGGAAGCUGAGAGGCCUUAAGGCAAAGAAGAAUCCUUAAGCGGGAGACAAGUUUUGGAGAAGCUCGGCCAGAAUGAAGUCGCGUUUGCUGUUUGCGUUUUUUCUCUUCUUGUUCUCGGGGAGCCGCAAAAGUUUGGCCCGCUCGCCUUACCAGGCCGUCCUGCAGCACAGCCGCGUCCGCGGACGCCAGCAAGGGCCGAAUGUGUGCGCCAUCCAGCAAGUGCGAGGGAGCGACAAGAAAUAUUUAGCCAACUGCAAGCAGUGGUACCAUCGCAAGAUCUGCAACCAGCCCACGGUGGUGACCUACGAGUGUUGUCCGGGUUACGAGAAGAUUCCUGGAGAGAGAGGCUGUCCUGCAGCUCUGCCUCUGGUGAAUAUUUACAACACAGUGGGGGCGGUGGGCGCCUCCACCACCAAGAUGUACGCUGACAGAGCCCAACUCAGGGAGGAGAUCGAAGGCCCCGGAAGUUUCACCUUCUUCGCGCCCAGCAACCAGGCCUGGGCUGCCUUGCCCACGGAGAUUUUGGACGCACUUGUCAGCAACGUGAAUAUCGAGCUCCUCAAUGCUCUCCACUAUCACAUGAUCAAUCGCCGGCUGACAUCGGAGGAGCUGAAGCACGGCUCAUCUUUCUCGUCAAUGUACCAGGACUUCCACGUGCACUUGCACCACUACACUAACGGGAUCGUGACCGUCAACUGCGCCCGCCUGAUAAAAACAGACCAGCACGCCACCAAUGGCAUCGUGCACGUGGUGGACCGCGUCAUCACGGCCAUUACCAACAACGUGCACAUGCUGAUCGACGUUGACGACGACCUGGAGACACUGCGCACAGCCAUUGCCGCCGCCGGCCUUACCAACGUUCUGGAGAAUGAGGGUCAGUACACCAUCUUCGCUCCUACCAACGAGGCCUUCGAGAAGAUUCCACAAGAGACUCUGAACAGGAUCCUGGGAGACCCUGUCUCCCUCAGAGAUCUGCUCAACUACCACAUCCUGAAGAACAUGCGCUGCGCAGAGUCCAUUGUGUCGGGAACGCCCAUGGAGACGUUGCAGGGUACUGUUCUGGAGGUGGGAUGCGACAGAGACCAGCUGACGGUCAACGGAAAGGCCGUGGUCAUAAAGAAGGACCAGCUGGGCACCAACGGCGUCAUUCACUACAUCAAUGAACUGCUCAUCCCGGACUCGGCAAAAACUCUGCUGGAGCUGGCCGAAAGUGCCAAUGUGGCAAGGGCGACUCAAUUGUUUGUGGAAGCGGGUCUGAGCAGCCACCUGAAGGGCUCAGAACCGCUGACCAUACUGGCCCCCCUGGACGACGCCUUCACAGGGAGUGUGACGAGUGAUGUGACCAAGCUGAUGACCAAUCACAUCAUGAAGGAGCGGCUCUCAUCCAAGUCCUUGUAUCACAAUCAGGAGCUGGAGACGCUGUCGGGAGUCAAACUUCGAGUCUUUGUCUACAGAAAUAACCUGUGCAUUGAAAACGCGUGCCUGGCCGCCCACGACAAGACGGGACGCUACGGCACUAUGUUCACCGUCGACAGUGUGCUCACGCCCCCCGCGGGAACAGUCAUGGAUGUCUUGAAGGCAGAUAACCGCUUUAGCGUUCUGGUCGGCGCCAUCCAAAUUGCCGGAAUGACGGAGUUGCUCAACCAACCAGGUGCGCUGACGUUCUUCGCACCCACCAAUGCCGCUUUCGAGGCAAUGUCUCAGCUGGAACUCAACAAUCUGAUGCGAAACCGCCAGCAGCUCUCAUCCUUACUCAAGUACCACCUGGGUGAGGGGAUGGUGGUCAGUGGGGGAGUGAGCUCCCACACCAGGAUCAAACCUUUGCAAGGCGACAAGCUGGAGCUCGCCGUGAGGAACUUCACAGUGUUCGUGAACAGAGUGCCGGUGGCCCACAGAGACCUGAUGGCCACCAACGGUGUGGUCCACGGAGUCAACAGCGUCAUCAAACCGUUGCCUCCCAAGGUUGACCGAGAACAAGCGGACGGGCCGGAGGCUUCAGUCAGGUCCUUUACUUCUUCUACCUCCUCCACGCGCUCGGACUCGGGGAGAUUCAGAAACGACGACCUUUUCCAAAAGGUCAUCCAAAGUCACUCCAGCAGGACUGUGAACGUUCCUCACUGAUAUCACAAACUCCCUUGUCAACUUUGCAUUGUUCUUUUUUUUUUUUUCCUCUUCUCAAUCCACGAAGUCAUGUGCUCAACUCCUGUUGACAAUCUUGCCGCAAAAAAAGACAGUAUCAAGCUUUAAAAAUCCUAGAAAUGAAUUUGGUUUGUCAAAAUGUGAAACUAGUCCAAACUGGAGGAAACGAUCUUUGUUUCUUAGCAUUGUUGCUAACUAGCGUAUCAUUAUUAACUAGCUAACACUCGCUAGCUCAUUCACUAACUUAAGCAAAUAAUCGCAAAAAUGUGUCAAAAUCUCACUAUCUCUUGAGGAUGUUGUCCAUCCAAAUGUUGCUUCAAAGAAUUUGGGGCAAAAUGUAGGUUUUUUUGUUUUCU